UUCUCCCCGGGGCAACCUUUAACCCUCCAGCACCCAUGCCUAAGGCUGCCUGCUGCCAGGCAUUCUCCCCAGAGUUGUGAGUCACAGAGAAGACUGAAGCUGACCAUGGAGAGCAGAGGCCCACUGGUCACAUCUCAUCUGUUGCCUCUGUUGCUCCUGCUGCUGCUGCCUCACAACCACCACAGAUGGGCCCUGGGACAGAUUCCCUCCACCCAGAGCCAGCCGACUCCUGCUAUUCACCUCAGCAAUGGCCCAGGACCAGAGCCUGUUACCAUCAUAACUUUUGAAAUCGCCAGGAUCAGAAAAACCUCCUCUUCCUUUGAGCUUCGAACUUGGGAUCCUGAGGGUGUGAUUCUUUAUGGUAAUCGCAACUCAGACAAUGACUGGUUUAUGCUGGGACUUCGUAAUGGCAGGGCUGAGAUCCAAAUGCACAAUUACAGGGCCCAGGUUACAGUGAGUGCUGGACCCCAGCUGAAUGACGGCAAGUGGCAUCAGAUAGUGUUGAAGAGCCAUGAGGACACAUUGCUGCUGAAGGUGGAUGGGGAGGAGGUGCUUUGCCUGAGACAGGUCUUUGGGCCUAUGACCAAUAAAUCGGAGACCAUCCUGAAUAUUGCGCUGGGGGGACUGCUGUUCCCUACCUCUAGCCUCCGUUUGCCGCUGGCCCCUGCCCUGGAUGGCUGUCUGCGCAGAGGCAGUUGGUUGGACCCCCAGGCCCAGAUGUCAGUCUCCACGCACGCUAGCCUCAGAAGCUGUGCUGUAGAGUCUCGGCCUGGGAUAUUCUUCCCUCCGGGGACGCACGCAGAAUUCAGUCUUUAUGACAUUCCGCAGCCUAGUACAAAGCCCUGGUCCUUCUCUCUGGAUCUGGAACUCCGGCUGGCAGCAGGCACCGGUAACCUCCUUACCCUGGGGACUCUGAGCAACUCUUCUUGGCUUAGCCUCUACCUCCAAGAUCAAGUGGUGCUAUCUUCUGGAUCAGAAGCCAAUCUAGAUCUGCCCCUGGUCUUGGGACUUCCUCUUCACCUGAAACUGGAUGAGUCCAGCGUGGUCCUGAGUCAGGGGCAGGAGAAGACCCUUGCUCUGCCUCCCUCAGGACCUGGCUCCUUCCUCAACCUUUGGGUGCACCCACAGGGGCGUCUCUUCCUGGGAGCUUUGCCAGGAGAGGUCUCUUCUGCCUCCUUUUGUUUGGACAGCCUUUGGGUACAAGGCCAGCAACUGGACAUGGACCAGGCCCUGGGCAGAAGUCAAGACCUCUGGACUCACAGUUGUCCUGUCAAUUCAAGCAAUAACACUGGCACUGCACAUUGACUUCCUGUCUAAGAAUUCCUUUUGAGAGUCAUCAAGAUAACUCACCUGGGAGUGUGCCUGCUUUGCCAUGUGUGUGACCCAGGUUCAAUACCCCAGUACACCACGUGGAAAUGUUACAGCGCUAGGGCAGGUUUUGGUAUUAUCACAUCCUUCCUUUUGUCUCUGUCUCUCUCUGUGUCUACAAAAGUCGGCCUGGCAAGUGAAGUCCCAGUGAUGGCUAAAUAAAUAACCUUCUUUGAAAGUU